GGUAACAUGGCCGAGGAGACGCGCCUAGUUCGCGUUGAAGAGAGGCUAAAGAUCAAGAUCGGAGAAGUAAAAAAUCUGUUAAGUCGAGGCCAUGGAUCCCCUGGUACUAGAGAUGUGUACUGUGCACUUUCCCUCGAUCAAGAGGAGAUUUUUCGAACCACGACGAUGGAAAGGACUCUCAACCCAUUCUUCGGUGAAGAAUUCCAGUUCGAAGUACCUCGAAAAUUCCGCUACUUAGGUAUCUACGUAUACGACAGAGAUAGACAUAUAAAGCAAGACAAAAUUCUCGGAAAAGUUGCCAUAAAACGCGAAGACUUGGCAACUUACCACAAUAAGGAACAUUGGUUUCCCCUUCGUGCAGUGGACGCAGACUCUGAAGUUCAGGGUAAGGUCCACCUCGCACUUGGUCUCCAGCCUCAAGUCGGUAACUACCAAUCGAAACUCACAGUUCGAGUAAUAGAAUGCUCUGAAUUGACGAUUAAAAAUGGGGGCUGUGAUCCAUACGCAACAGUGACUGUUAAUUACAGCAAUGGAAAACAAAUCUCUAAACGAACAAAAAUCAAGAAGAAAACAGUCUCGCCAUACUUCGAUGAAACGUUCGUGUUUGAACCUGAAUUAACAGAGUCCAAAGACAAAGAUGUUUCUCAUUACUCAAUCGAUGGAGAAGUUGGAGAGGCGGUAAUUGGAUUAUGGCACACAUCAUCCGGUAUGGGAGAACCCCCAGCCUUUUUGGGAGAAGUUCGGGUAACUUUGAGAGGCCUUCAGAAACAACCAACUAGCACAACUACCGCAUGGUAUUUCCUUCAACCACGUGCAGCCCAACAUCGACCAAGUAAAAUUGCUAAUUCAGCUCCGCCUGGAACACUACCUUGUCUUGGAUCCCUCAGAUUGAAGAUUCAUUAUACAGCUGAUCAUGUUUUUCCAUCCGAAAUGUACGAUCGUCUGCGAAAUCUCUUACUCCAGAGUGUCACAAUUCAACCCAUAACUUCAUCAGCUGUUUACAUCCUCGGGGAAAUUGUUGCCAGUAAGAUGGAAGCUGCCCAACCUCUCGUAAGGGUUCUUGUUCAUCAUGGUCAAUUAGUCUCUGUGAUGAGGGCCUUGGCCAGUCACGAGAUAUCCAAACUGACUGACCCCACGACAAUCUUCCGUGGGAAUACUCUUGUAAGUAAAAUGAUGGACGAAGGAAUGAGGCUUGCUGGUUUGCAUUAUCUUCACAGUACCCUCAGACCAGCCAUGGAGCAAGUGUUCUUGGAAAAAAAACCGUGUGAAAUUGAUCCCACGAGGGUAAAGGAUGCUAAUACCAUUCAAACGAAUCUCAGUAAUUUGAAGGAAUACGUUGAGAGGGUCUUCACCGCCAUUACGACAUCAGGGGUACGAUGUCCACCGUUGAUGUGUGAAAUGUUCUGGUGCUUGAGAGAACUCGCUGCUACGCAUUUUCCGAAGAAUAAGGAAGUUAGAUACUCGGUCAUUAGUGGCUUUAUAUUUCUGAGGUUCUUCGCGCCUGCCAUUUUGGGACCUAGAUUGUUUGAUAUUACAGCAGAACCUAUAGAUUCUCAAACCAACAGAACACUCACUCUUAUUUCAAAAACAAUUCAAAGUUUAGGGAACUUGGUUAGUUGCAGAGGUGGUGCUAGUAGUGUUUGCAAAGAAGAGUACAUGGAGGGUGUUUACAGAGAAUUCUAUACGGAGAAGCACAUACAAGCGGUGAAACAGUUUCUAGAAUUGAUAUCAACUAGCAGCAAUAGUGGGAUGGCCAGACAUAGGCCUACAAUUCUCCAAGAGCAACCCGUCGUUCUGAAGGAAGGAGUUAUGAUAAAAAGAGCGCAGGGGAGGAAGCGAUUUGGACGCAAGAAUUUCAAGCAAAGAUACUUCAGACUGACUACACAAGAUCUGACUUACUCAAAAACAAAAGGAAAAGAACCGUUAUGUAGGAUAUCACUGGAAGAAAUUCUCGCCGUAGAGAGGCUACAUGAAGAUUCCUUCAAAAUGAAAAAUAUGUUUCAAAUAGUUCAACCCCAGCGUGCAUUGUACGUACAGGCUGGUAACUGCGUGGAGGAAAAGGAGUGGAUUGACAUACUGACCAAAAUCUGUCAUACAAAUAGCAAUAGAUUGGAAAAGUAUCAUCCAAGUGCUUACAUUAAUGGACAUUGGCUUUGCUGUCGAGCUGUGUCAGAAGUCGCUCCAGGUUGUAGUGAAGUGUCCCCGGGUCUAGAAGUGGGUUUGAGGAUGGUUUUAGAUCCAGACCGUGAUCUUCAACGCAUUCAUUCACUGAUCUUGGCCAACAUGCCUCGAUUGGAGACGUUGAUGAGCGCCUGCGAGUGUCAGGCAGUUUACGGUGCCAGUGAGAUGUGCGUUUUACCUGGUGGUGGGUCACCGAUCGAGGAUGUACCAUCAUGCUUCAAAACCCUAACUGCACUCCAAGAGGCUGCUUUUGCACUCCAACAUGAACACAGAGCUUAUUUCCGGCGAUUGGCACGCGAUACUAAAUAUGGGAGCAAACAAGCACCAAUUGGUGAUGACAACUACCUCCAUUUAGCAGCACGAGCGGGAUUCGAUAGUCAACUAAAUAGGCGUGCAUAUGAAACUGAUGGCCUCAAUCAACGUUGCAUUGACGCUGACCUCUAUGAUAAUGGUAGCGGUAGUAUUAUACGUAGAAAUGACGAUCGUAAGUACGAUGAUUUAUCAUCAAAUAGACGGUACGAGAAUGAUAACAAUACGUUAUCACGACAAUAUGAAAAUCAUCACUCAGAUACACUGAGGAGUAUUCAGAAUGAUCUCAAUAAGUUUGAUCGCAGCCUUAGCAAUACACUGGGAUCUGAUAAACACGAGAGAAAUGCCAAUGACAAUGUUGAAAAUCAAAGGAGAACGGAUAUUAGUAGCUUAUUAACGAGUGAAGGUAUCAGUUUGUCUGAUACAUUUAAUAGGAAAUUGAGUAGUUAUGAUAAUAAGAGAGAGUUUAGUGAGGAUACUAUUAAUAGGAGAAUUAAAGAUGACGUGUCUGAAAUAUCAUCAAGCUCGAUGAGCGGUCGUGGUAACCAUUGAGUUUCUAGUAUUCACUCGUUUCAUUUCAUCAGAAUAACAUCCACAUUUUCUAGGGAUUACUAAAAAUGCAACCAUAGGGAGAAUCGUCCAGUGAACGUGAAAAAAUGGUUGAUCCCCAGUAUUUGAGUAGUUCCAUACGUUUGAGUACGGGACGAUUCACCCUCUUACGUUGUCAUAAAAAGUAUCAAAGAUACCAAUUUAGUAGCAAAAAAGGAAACUGUGAUAAGUCAAUUCGGAUAUUUUUGUGGAAGCAGUUCAUAUACAUGUGUGCUAUGAUAGAGACCUCUAACAAGAUAUCAGUUUGAGCGCUGAAGGCCCUGUACUUGAGGGGCUGGCUAUUCAUCCAUCUCAAAAACAAAUGAUUUUAUUGGGGCUCGGUUAUAUAUGUGGAGAAGGCAAAUUUUUUUGCGACAUUCUAGCGGCUUUAUUAAUGAACUGAGCAAUAUGAUAUUUAACCAGAGAUGUACAUCACUUUGUUCGGUUGUGGCGAAAAUGAGUCUGAGAAUAAUGAAAAAAUAUCAAUAUUUUCAUCAUGAUUUGUCGGUUUUUUCGAUAGUAUAAAGAACUAAGAUGCAUUUCAAAUGCAGCCUGAUCAAACAAUGUACAUUUUUGUAAUACCUGCAUGCAAAAAUCACUUUCCGAGACGAUUGAGUUUACAUAAAGCGCUUCUUUUCCGCACGAGCUUGAACUUGACCACGUCAUGCAUAAAAACCCUUACUACCGCCUCGAACAGUGAACUCGGCAGGUAUCACAAAAAAUAGUCUGUGUUAAGCGUGCGGAUGAAAGGGUAUACUUUUAAGCACUUGUAACACAAUUUACUAUUCUAGUCAAAUAUCAUGUUGUGCGGGUGAAGCGAAAAGUACCCCCUUUUUCUUUAAUAUAGAUAUAUAUACCAACCUCUUCACAUAAAUCCGCCAAAUCUUUUUGUAGCGCUGAAAAAGCUUCCAACACAAACUGUCUCUUGAUAUUUUCCCACGUAAUUAGUCCUGAACGACAUACAGUAGAGUCUUUCAUUUUUUUACAUAAUUAUAUUUCCACUACGACAUAUGCCAUCCGCAUUGAAACGGCAUAAGCCGUAGUUGGAAACAACAAAAUAAGAGCAAACAGAGGUAUUCUCGGUGAAAAACCGGAGAGAUAAAGGACAUUGGAGUAUAGGAAAAUGGGAGGCUCUGUUAUAAUCUCAUAUUCCACAGUGUUGAAAAAAAUGACUUGUCGCGUUUUACUUCGGCACCAGUAAAUUCAUUUCUAUGUUUGGCUCCCCCCUAGAAAUCUCCCCUAGAAAUCUCAAUGUCCCUCCUAUUAGUUUGACAAUUAUCAGUUGAGAAAUGUCAACAUGUCUCAACUUUUUUCUAAAGAAUAAUUUCUUAUAACUUCUUGACUAAAUGUUUCACAAUAUGUAACAUUUUUAUUUUUUUCAUGGCAAUUGAAUAUUCUCAUUUUUAUUUAUUUAUUUAUUAUCAAGUAUCGAAAUUGAAUGCAUCAGUAGUCCACGUAUGUAUGUUACAAGGCUGUACAAGGUCGUAAUCUCAUUUUUUUAUACAACAUUCAGUUAAGGAAUCAUAAACUGUAUGAAACCUUAUGAAGCCCUCUCGAAAAGACAUAAUUUUACAUAUUCUUUGUUACGCUAUUGGCAAUCAUAAUCGCGCAGAUGAAUCCAAGAAACAAAAUUCAAAACAAACUGAAUUCCAACUGAAAAUUUUAAGCAGAGGACACUGUGAAAUUUAGAAUUCGGCGGGCAUUUGUAGAGACGAUUGCUAAAACCAACCGCCGAGUUUUUAGAUUUGUAAACCAUAAAGACGUAUCAAAAAGUACAAAAAUGUCAAAGCACCUUAAUUUUCAACGUAUUUUUAAACUUAAAAUUGAGUGAAAUAUAAAUGAACUAUAUGCACAAGGAUAGAUUUUUUUAAAUAUUACAUCUUUCUAUGUAUUCAUACUCUACUUGUUAAUAGUAACCCCCAAUUCACUUAUGUGAAUUGAGAUAUGGCGAAAAUUCAUGCAUACUAUACUAUCUCAAUGAAGUACAAUUUUUUUAGACGUUAUUACACUUUCAUACAAAAAAUCAACAUUUCUCGAACUUCAUUUUCGGAUUUCUCCAUACACUAAAAAUUAACCAUAGAUUGGUCACCCUAUAAGGGAAACCCCGCCACGCAUCGUUUUUCUUUAAUUACAAUUGACUGGCUAACCGAAAAAAUUCAAAAAAAUUUGUCUAAGUCAAUUGAA